GUUCGUACCCCGGAAGUGUUUCUUUUUUACCUAACGAGGUCAAAAUGGCGACUGGCUGCAUGUGAAAGGGUCGGAGAGGGAGCCGGCUUUAUGAUCGGAGAACAUGUACAAAACGCCAUGCAGCAGACUGUCAGGUUUGGUUGGUGUAAGCGUGAAACAGAAAUUAGUUCAAAGCGUUCCUCGAUGUAACCAAACUGCUCGCAGCCUUAUUCAGCUACACAGAAGAGAUCAUCUUAACUUCCUGAAACGCCAGUAUGUAGCGAAGAACAACAGCGAGCUCUACCAACGUGCCAUCCCCAAACAGGCUCCUGUCCUGACCAUUGUGGAUGAGAGAGAUGACAGCGUUGAAAGACAAGUGCAGAGAAUAUCAACUAUUGAUCCUGUGGUCACAGAUACUGUUUCACAGCCAGAGGAUGUCACCAGUCGGGCACAGCCGGAAAUAUCCACCUUAAAGCCCUCUACAGAAGAUGCAGCAGUACAGAACGAUUCUGUUUCCAGUACGGUUUUGACUUCAGAUGAGCCUCCCCAUGUCCACGUGGAGACCGAUGAGGCAAAGGAGGCCCGUCUAGACAAACAGUGGAAGCAGCUGAAGCUCGAAGUGGCUGACUUGCCAGAUGUCUACGCCAGACUUUCCAAAAUCAAACUCACAGCACUGGUGGUUACGACUGCAGCAGCCGGCUAUGCAAUGGCUCCAGUGCCCUUUGACCCCAUCAUCUUCUCCGUGGCUUGUCUGGGAACGGGCCUCGCCUCUUGCACUGCCAAUUCAAUCAACCAGUACUUCGAGGUGCCCUUCGACUCCAACAUGAACCGCACAAAGAACCGACCACUUGUCAGAGGACAAAUCAGUCCCCUCCAUGCAGUGUCCUUUGCUCUGGCCUGUGGAGUUCCCGGAGUCGCCCUGCUCACUCUGGCGGUGAACCCCUUGACGGGCUUCCUGGGUGCACUCAACAUCUUUCUUUACACCUGUUGCUACACACCGCUCAAGAGGCUCAGCAUCAGCAACACCUGGGUGGGAGCAGUGGUGGGCGCGAUACCUCCUGUCAUGGGCUGGACGGCGGCCACGGGUUGUCUGGAACCAGGUGCCUUGUUGCUGGGUGGUUUCCUGUACAGCUGGCAGUUCCCCCACUUCAACGCCCUCAGCUGGAACUUAAGGGAAGACUACUCUCGCGGCGGCUACCGCAUGGUGUCCGUCACCCACCCCGGCAUGUGCAAGCGGGUGGCCCUGCGCCACAGCGUGGGCCUGAUCGGCCUGUCGACCUUAGCGCCCGUGCUGGACGUCACCACCUGGACCUUUCCCGUCAUCUCCCUCCCCAUCAACCUGUACAUCAGCUACCUGGCCUUCCGCUUCUACCGCAAGGGAGACCGCAGCAGCGCCCGCAAGCUGUUCUUCUGCAGCCUGUGGCACCUCCCUAUGCUGCUGCUGCUGGCGCUCACUUGUAAGAAGCCUCGCAACGAUCAGGAUCCAGCUCUACCUCCAGCUCCUUUGGUUUCGUAGAAGCCCCAACACUUCUAAGAUCUCUGAGACCCUUACUUUAACGGAGAUACUGCGUCAGCGUCUCCCUUUGCUGCUGAUUUUGGUGCUCGCUGCAGAUCAGGAAACGAGCUGGAAAUUAUUUGAAUCAAAAUAGGUGAUUUACAGAAAACACACUGAAUUAUUACACCAGGUUAUAAUCCUUUCAAUAUGUGUGUGUGUACUGUAUAUAUUCUGUAUUUAUUUAUAUAGGGGCCCACCAGUUCCUCUCCAUGUUGUACAUGACUGAUGUGAAAUGAUCUUGUAUAGUGUAAAUUGCUCCUAUGGAUCCACACAGGCAUCACGGUCUGUGGAUUACUUAUCGCAUUGUACAAAUGCAAAAUAGAAAAAGAGGAUAUAUAAUGCACAUUAAGACAUCAUGGUGUCAAAAGAUUCAAGUUUUGGUUUGCAGUCAGUAUAUGAAAAUAAGACAAAGAUAAACGUAUCCCGAAGCAGCUAUACGUCACUGCACUCGAUUGUUGUUCAACUUUGAUUUGAGCCGCUUUACUUGACAGUUUGUACACCUCACUGUAUUUUGCCACUGAGCGAACGCACUGAUCUUCAUUCAUUUACAAAAUGCUUCUAAUUCAGCACGGUUCGCCUGCACCAUCACAUCAGGUCACCCCUGUAAAAAGACAAGGGCAAAUGUUGUUUAACAAUAAACAUGUCAUUAUUGUAA